AUAUGUGAAGAGGAACCCCAGAAGCUUCCCUGGGGUUACCAGAGGCUUAGGAGCCUAGUGACCAGGAAAGGGUGGUGCUCAGGGAGGCUGGUGUUUUUGGGUUAAUCAUCACUGUGCCUCAGAUAAGGCCCUGCCAGCUGGAAGCAAAGUCAGUGUGACAGAGGGUUUAUGGGGCUAAAGAGGCAGCGUGUCCAUAGUGCAGGACCAUGCCGGGCACGAAACGGUUUCAACAUGUGAUUGAGACUCCGGAGCCUGGCAAGUGGGAGUUGUCUGGGUAUGAGGCAGCUGUGCCAAUCACAGAGAAAUCAAACCCACUUACCCAGGACCUGGACAAAGCAAAUGCUGAAAAAAUUGUUCAAUUGCUGGGGCAAUGUGAUGCUGAGAUCUUCCAGGAGGAGGGACAAGCCAUGCCCACAUACCAGCGACUCUACAGUGAAUCAAUUCUGACUACCAUGGUACAAGUGGCUGGGAAAGUUCAGGAAGUACUUAAGGAGCCUGAUGGGGGGCUGGUGGUGCUGAGUGGAGGGGGCACCUCAGGCCGCAUGGCAUUCCUCAUGUCAGUCUCCUUUAACCAGCUGAUGAAAGGCCUUGGACAAAAACCUCUUUACACCUACCUCAUUGCAGGGGGUGACAGGUCUGUGGUGGCCUCUAGGGAGGGUACAGAAGAUAGUGCCUUGCAUGGGAUUAAAGAACUGAAGAAGGUGGCUGCUGGGAAGAAGAAGGUGAUUGUCAUUGGUAUUUCGGUGGGACUUUCUGCUCCCUUUGUGGCAGGUCAGAUGGAUUACUGCAUGAAUAACACAGCUGUGUUCUUGCCAGUCCUGGUUGGUUUCAAUCCAGUGAGCAUGGCCAGAAAUGAUCCCAUUGAAGACUGGAGUUCGACAUUCCGACAGGUGGCAGAGCGGAUGCAGAAGAUGCAAGAAAACCAGAAAGCUUUCGUGCUCAACCCUGCAGUCGGGCCUGAGGGUCUCAGCGGUUCUUCCCGCAUGAAAGGUGGAAGCGCCACCAAGGUCCUGCUGGAAACCCUGUUAUUAGCAGCCCAUAAGACUGUGGAUCGGGGCAUUGCAGCCUCUCAAAGCACUCAGAGCCUCCUUGCCCAGUGCUGUCUUGAUACCCCAUCCCUCCUUCUGCUCCCUUGUCUUCUGCCCACUGAAGCCCUCACUGCCCAGCCUGAUACAGUCUGGUUCCUCUCUGCACCUCCACCAGGAUCAGCAGAACUUAGUUUUGAGGGAAUUAUGCCUCCUCUACCACAGAUAGGUGUGGGGUGGGGAGAAGAGUGCACAGGCUUUCUGAGAGCGCACAAGGCCUUCCUGGGAGCUGAUGGCUUUUCUCCCAGAUGCCUCCUGGAAAUCCUGAGGACAUUUGAGCGGGCCCAUCAGGUGACCUAUAGCCAAAGCCUCAAGAUUGCCACCCUGAUGAAGCAAGUCAGCACCAGCCUGGAGAAGAAAGGCCGAACAUACCUGGUGGGCUGGCAGACCCUCGGCAUCAUUGCUAUCAUGGAUGGAGUCGAGUGCAUCCACACUUUUGGCGCUGAUUUUCAAGAUAUCCGUGGUUUUCUUAUUGGUGAUCACAGUGACAUGUUUAACCAGAAGGCUGAGCUCACAAACCAGGGUCCCCAGUUCUCCUUCUCCCAAGAGGACUUCCUGACUUCCAUCCUGCCAACCCUCACAGAAAUUGAUACUGUGGUCUUCAUUUUCACCCUGGAUGACAACCUCAGAGAAGUGCAGACCCUGGUGGAGCAGGUGAAAGAGAAGACCACCAACAUCCAGGCCCUGGCACACAGCACUGUGGGGCAGUCCUUGCCGGCCUCUCUGAAGAAGCUCUUUCCUUCCAUCAUCAGCAUCACAUGGCCACUGCUUUUCUUUGAAUAUGAAGGGAACUUUAUCCAGAAGUUCCAGCGUGAACUAAGCACCAAGUGGGUGUUGAAUACUGUGAGUACAGGGGCUCAUGUACUUCUCGGGAAGAUUCUACAAAACCACAUGUUGGACCUCCGCAUUAGCAACUCCAAGCUCUUCUGGCGGGCACUGGCCAUGCUGCAGCGGUUCUCUGGACAGUCCAAGGCUCAGUGCAUCGAGAGCCUCCUCCAAGCCAUCCACUUUCCUCAACCACUGUCAGAUGAUAUUCGGGCUGCUCCCAUUUCCUGCCAUGUCCAGGUUGCACAUGAGAAGGAUCAGGUGAUCCCUGUAGCCUUGCUGAGCCUCUUGUUCCGGUGCUCCAUCUCUGAGGCUCAGGCACACCUGGCUGCAGCACCUUCUGUCUGCGAGGCUGUCAGGAGUGCCCUGGCUGGGCCAGGUCAGAAGCGCAGUGCGGACCCCCAGAGAUCUUAGAGGCCACUGUACAGUGAACCAGUGUUUCUGGGUGUGUAGAAGGAGCCGAGCCCAGCCCAGCUCAAGAGGACUUGUCAAGAGGCCCAGUUUCCAGAGGCACCGGCAAGCCCAGGGUGGGGAGAAAGAUUCUCUCUUCUUUGGGAGAGAAUUCUUAUUCUUGACCCAGGGUUUUCUACUUUCACUGGCUUAUUUUCAUUUCAGAAAUAAAACUACAUGUUCUUAUUUUGGAAAGU